GGGAGCAUCUCGCUGUCGCCCCUUCCCCUGGUCCAUUUGGUUAUCUGUACGGACGUACCUUUUUCUUUUGCUUGCUCAAGUUCUUGAAUUGUCAUCUGUCAUCAUCGGAAGCCAACCGUCACAGCUUCUCUGGCUCUGAUAUUUCUGAUACGCUUCUGUUCACCCCUCCCGCCGCUUGGUCCUCCGUCGGCAUGCGCUGUGCCCCCCCUGGCAGAAGGUCUCGAAGAAGCCCACACUCUGCCCAACCUUUUGCGCCCGUUUAAUUGCUUCCCCCCCAAUCAGAUCUCGGAACCUGCACCCACGCCGCCGACGCUUCAGCCCGAUACCUACCACCCUCCCCCUCUCUCAAUACGUGGUCUUCUACUCCGGAGACGGGACCUACACAUAUAGGUACCGCCACCGAAAUAGAAGAGUUCAACAACAAGAGAUCAUGGAUGCCGAAAGACCACGGCGCUGCUAAGAACACCGCAUAUCUGUGAUCUCUGUGAUCUGCUGUACUGCCACUGCAUUGGAUUCUACGGCAGCCUGGCUCCAGCCGGCCUCAUUUGGCCGCCGCCCACCUUCCAAGAGGUCUUGGAGGUCACCACCCCCCAGGUCCCCUACCUACUACUCGACCUUUAUUUCGGGGCAUCCCGCCCGUGAUUUUUCAGUUCUCGACUGCCGCCCCUCCUUCAGCGCCGACUCUGACGCCUUUCUUUUUCUCCGGGGUUUGUGUUGUUUGGGCCGUCGUCGCUUUUGAACAUUUGCUCUUCAGCACCCACACGCAACCGCAACGCGCGCAGCGAUCGGGCUGCCACCCCCGGUACGCACAAUGGCGGCUCACAAUGCGAAGCCCGAGAUUGGCGACAUUCUGCUUGUCAUCCACGACUUUGUAGCCCGCAGUUCUGACGAGUUGAGCUUGGUAAAGGGCGAGCGCGUGGAGCUGCUCGAGCGCGACGACGAGUUUGGCGAUGGAUGGUACUUGGGCCGACAUUUGGUCAACAACAAUAGCGGCUUGUUCCCUGAGGUGUACACCCGACCAGCACCGAAAGCUGUCGUCACAACCAACACAUCGUUUUCUAACGCAUCGAAGCCACCACUGACCCCCCUAGCCGAAGAUAACGAGCAUGCGACGCCCCUAGCCCACCCUGCAGAGGAUACGAAAAGCGCACCGAAGCCAAUACCCGCUCAGCUCCCACCGAGCUCGCUAGAUACGCUUGCUCCCCCUACGAUAAGCCCUCCUCCGUUCUCUAGCAGUCUGCCGACCGGCGCAGCAUCUGGCCUGGACUCGAUACGGCCCAACGCUAGCACCGACAGCCAUGUUUUGCACGAAACACUCAAUGUCAUCAACGAACACAUCACCGACCUGAGAUCCCCCGAUGGCGGCCAGGGGCACAGGGCUAAUGAUUCGGGCAGCGAGUACAGCUCUCACGUCGGCCACCGCAUCUCGUAUAUCCAGGGCGAGGAAACAGACGAAGAGGAAGAGACGGUGCACUCUCGAUUCGAGGUCGAAUCGUGGAACGCAGAUCAGGUCGCUGAAUAUUUGUUCACGGUUGGUGUCGAGAAGCACCACUGCGAGGUAUUUCGGGACCAGGAAAUCACGGGAGAGGUGCUUUUGGGAAUGGAUCAGACCUCGGUAUUCAUCAAGGCCCUCGACUUGGGCUCGGUAGGAAGGCGGCUCAAGACGUGGCAAAAGAUCAAGCAGCUCCAGGACGAAGCCAACGGUUUGGGGACGAGCACAGGGAGGACAACUCAGACAUAUGGGAGCGAGGCCGGGUCUGAUGUCGGGAGGAUGCGAAGCAGGACCAACACCAUCACGAGCUCGGGGCCACAGCGGUACAAUUCGACCCAGGAGUCCAACAUGUCGCCCCAUGCGCGACGUUUGUCACAAACACCCAAGAUUGAGCCGUAUGAGCCCGUAUCACCUGUAUCGCCCUUGGUAGAUUCGCCCGGCCGCACGUACCACGACAAACGCCCCUCUGCUGCGUCAAUCCGAGAUUUGCAUCACUCGCGCCGCCACUCGUCGACGGAUUUCCGAAUCGCGGGCCCUACCGGUGCACCCACCAAACCCGCCUCCACCAGCACGUUUCCCCAACAGCAGACGGCCCAUAAGAAGCAACCGUCCUUUGAUAGAAACUGGACGUUGGGUGGCGCUACUUCGUCGUCUUUCCAGCAAAGGCCUCUGUCCUCGGCCGGCGUCCGAGAGUCUUCGGAGCCCGGAGCAGAACUGCAAGAUUCAGCAGUCGACCUGGACCGUGGUUACUUUUCCGGCACCGACGCCGACCCCCGGAAGAGAAAUGUGCUCAAGAAGCGCGACAGUGUGCAGGCUGGACGCACCUCACCCAAGACGAGCUACGCCGAAGAGCAGCGUGUCAGGAGCGCAACCGCCUUGUCUAGGCACUCAAGGUUUGGGAGUGUGGACUCGGUGCGCGAAUCAUCCGUGUCGGCUGCCGCCCAAAAGUAUUAUGGCCUGAACAAGCGCACACCUUCGACAAUAACCACCGAUUCGAUGCGCCAAACUUCGGGGAGCUUGAAGGAGUCCAUGAACCCCACCGUCACUCGGCUCGACAGUAAUACGUCAGACGCAUCUCGAUCAUCGCCAAAAUCCGUCAACGCCAUGAAGCGCCUCAGCCAAGUCAACCACCCCGACUUUAACGUCAGCAUGAUGCUGCGCAGCGGGUUGGGAGGGUUGAGGGCAGCUUCGGAUGCCAUCACAGGAAACGAAAAGGCGAAACUGUCACCUCUGGAUUCACCGCUCAAGGACUCGCCAAUGUACUCGCCAGCCCGGACAGGAUCUAGUACCCCUUCGGUUGGCCCGAGCUUCGAGAUGGACUCUGCCGAUGCCACCAAGAGUCCUAGCACGGCCACGACACAAGCAAGCCGCGGCAGCCGCAAGAAGACCAAGAAGGAGACGAGCGCGUACACUCGUGGUCUGCAAAAGAUUACGCCGCAGGAGGCCAUGAAGACUGCUGAUUACAGCGGCUGGAUGAAGAAGCGGAGCGCCAAUCUCAUGACGACCUGGAAGCCUCGUCUGUUUGUUCUCAAGGGGAGACGUCUCGCGUACUACUACUCGGAGGACGAUGACCAGGAGAAGGGCCUGAUCGAUAUUUCAUUCCACCGCGUUCUGCCUGCCGAUAACGAGAAGCUCACCGGGCUCCACGCUACCUUGACCGGUGCUACCAACUCGCCAGCCAUUCCCGCCGGAAGCCAGAUUCACACUCUUGCCGCCAGUGAUGCAGAGCGUGAUCCAACUUCUGAGGGCCCAGAUUCGAUCUUUAUUUUCAAGCUUGUACCACCUCGCGCUGGUCUCUCCCGGGCGGUUACUUUCACCAAGCCAACCGUCCAUUAUUUUGCGGUACCCAACAUCAAGCAGGGCCGGCUGUGGAUGGCCGCUCUCAUGAAGGCCACCAUCGAUCGCGACGACACGCAGCCCAUAACGACGACAUACCAGCAGAAGACGAUCUCGCUGGCCAAGGCGCGGCAGAUGCGUCACAGACCACCAGCACUCAUGGGCCUGGACGAGAACGCUCGCAACAACGGGGAGAACGGCGAGGCCGAGAAACGAGCGGCCGAUAAGGAAAAGAAUGGUCUCGGAAUCACCUACAGCGAGGCGGACAGUGGAGUUUCCGGCAUGGGAAAGUUUGGCUUGCAACCGCAUCCCGACAGUGCCCGCGCGCCGGGAAGGUUUGCCAGCUUCGGUUCAGAAAAGGAUUCAGUGCCCCAGAGUGCCUAGGUGGAGCUUGGGAGACGACUGAACCCGCAUCAGUUUCACUCGCUGCCGUCGCGGCGGCGCAUGUUUUUACAAAGUGCUUUGCCCAAAAUACCCACGGUCAAACGAUCGAUUGCGCCUGAGGGAGAUUUUCUUUUGUUGAGGUUAGCGAAAGAGUGAUACAUGAUAUGAUAACAAUGAGGGGGGUGCGAGUGUUUGGGAUGGUCUUGACGCAGGAGUUGGGGGUCAAGGAAGAGGAGAAUUUUGUGCCAAGUUUUUUUGUGACGGCCGAUUUGAAGUAUUCCAUCAUGUCCUUUGGAAGCCUGUUUGUGUCGUCUCUUGUUAUGUUUGUGGCAUGUCUUUUUCAUGUGGGUGUGUAUUUUUGGUGAUGUGUAAUAUGAGGUUUCUGGGUGACGAAGCGCUGGGAGAGAGAGGUUGUGAUGGGAUGGGAUGGAUGGGAAUGGGAUGUAAACAUAAUAUUUGAUGAGAUGAGGGGGAGGGUGGGGCACAAGUGUACGAAUGGGAGAAAGUCAAUACCUUUUUUUUUUUUUUUUGAAAGAGAGAGAGAGAGAGAGAUUAGCAUUAUAGCGAGAAUAUACAUUUUGGAGAA